AUGUUCGAUUCUGUUGAUAUUACAAAAACAUCAAAAGAAGAAUUUCAAACCAUCAUGACAACAUUGAGAAAUCAUUUAAAAACUAUUAAUCCUGAACAAUAUUCAAUUGCAUUACUUCAAAAAGAUGAAAUACAAGUUAAUAUAUUAACAAUAUUAUUUUGUUUAAAUGCAGAAUUAGCAACUAUAAAGGAUUUUACAAAAACACCAUCAACAGGUUUAUUACGUUUAUCAUGGUGGAAAGAUCAAGUUAAGAAUGCACUUGUUGGUUUACCUCCAAGAGUACCUGUUUUAAUGGCUCUCUCUUUUAUGCAAGUUAAUUAUUUUAAUAAGGGUUUUACUUGUUUGAAUGAUAAUUAUCAACAAGAACAAGAACAAUCUAAUAUUAAUACUUCUACUACUUCUAAUACUACUGGUUCAACUUCAACUACUUCAACUCAAAAUAAUAAUUCAUUGAAAUUUUCACAUUUAAGAAAUAUAUUUAAAUGGAGAGAAGUUGAUUUGAAAUGGAAACAACCAGCAACAUUGGCAGAUAUUGAAAGUUAUUCAGAAGGAGUAUAUUCAACAUUAAUAAUGUCACAUUUACAAUGUAGUAAAUAUAGAGAUGUACAUACAGAUCAUGUUGCAUCACAUUUAGGUAGAUCAUAUGGUAUUUGUACAUUAUUGAGAUCUGUUCCUCAUUUAUCUGAACAUCAAUCAACUUAUUUACCUGCUCAAUUAUGUGCUAAAUAUGGAAUAACAGAAGAUGAUAUUUACAAACAUCAAAAUUCACAUGAAUUGGAAGAAGUUGUUUUUAAAGUUGCUGACUUGGCAAAAUCUCAUUUAGAUUUAGCAAGAGAAUUAGCAGAUUUGAAAGAUGAAAAAACAAACAAAUUACUUGUCAAUCCAAAGGCCUAUCCUUUAUUUAUGACAUCAAUAGUUUGUGAAGUUUUCUUGGAAAAACUUGAAAAGGUUAAUUUUAAUAUUUUUCAUCCUUCUAUUGGAGCUCAACAAUUGAGAUUUCAAUUCUAUUUAGACUUGGAAAAACAAGUUGGUUCGGAAAGUAUUAAAUUAUUUUCAACUUGA